AUGGAUUUAGACUAAAAGAAAAAUAAACUUAUGAAUAUCUAUAAGUAAGUAAUAAUGUAACUAAUUAUUAGAGAAGCCUAAAAAAUAGAAAAUAAAUUAAAGGUCUAAAAUUUAUAUUCACUAAAAAGCAUUCUUAAUGAAUUAUCAAAAUAAUAAAAGAAAACUCCAAGUACAUCUUUGCAUACAACAGCAAGCAAAAGAAACUAAGAGUCAAAAUUAAAAAUAACUAAUUUAGCAUCUUCACCUAAAACUAGUUAUCGUUCUACUUUGCAAUUAACUAAAAGAAAUCAAUGGAUCGAUUUAAUAAACUAACAAUAUUAACAAUAUAUUCAGUCUGAUUAAAUUUCUAUCACUGAAUAUCGGUAUAAUUACUAUUCAAACUAGAACAAUCUCAUAAAUGAAUACAAUUUUAAUAUCUGACUGGAGAUAACCCUAUUAUCAUAAUGAUAUUCAGCACAAAUCAAAUGAUAUUGCAAUACAGCAUUUGAAAAUUGUCGAAAUGGAAAAUUGGAAAGAAAUAUUAUCCUAAAAAUUAUAGAAGAGAAUAUCUUAAUGAUAUUUUAGUUAAGAC